UCGUCAUGCUGCUAUCAUGAAAAUUAUUCAGUACAAAAUAAAGACAUAGUGUGGGUUAAUAUGAUUUCUUUCGCUUUUGAUGUCAAGAAAAGAAACUCCCACAACAUUGCCAAUAACUUGAUUACAAAACCCAACAUAAUUUCUAUGAAAAUGGCCUUCUUAUCAUUGAAGACAAAUCUGGAAGAAGAACAAUGUGUUUUAUUUGGCUUUGCCACAAGUGGUGCUCUUGACAUUGCAAUAAAAUUAUAACUAGACCGUGAACACGUGAAUACAUGAUAAUAACUGUACAAACUAACAUACAAAGUUUGAAUACAAUGGUUGGCACAGGUAUAUGAACAUAUCUACAUUUGUGGAUGUGUAUUGAGCCCUAAACACCGUAAAUACUGACUACAACCAAAACUACGAUCUCAUGCCAAAAAUCUAUACAAUUGCAAGUAAAUAAAGCAGCAGAGUAAAAAAUAUGUUUAAAUUCACUUUGGUACCUUGUUUAGUGCUGGCUGCAGCCACAGCAAUUGCUUCAGCACUGCCGCACCAGCGCUUCCAGCGAGACGUUUCCGAGUUGGCAGCAGCGCACCAGCCAGCUUACAAUUAUCUGCCACCUGAGCCUAAAUUAGUAUUACCCGAAGAGAUAACCACUACAACUGAGGCUAUCAUUGCUGAAACUGAAGCACCCGUCGCCAUCGCUGAGCCCGAAGCGGUACCAGAAAGCGCUGUACUCGGUACCGACGGUUAUGAAUAUCGCACUAUACGCCAGCUGAAAAACCGCCAACGUGUACGUCGUGACGUCUCACACUUGUCACCAAGCUAUUUGCCACCCAGCAAAUCAUAUCUGCCACCAAAUGCCGACGAUACAGAAGAGGUGAACGCAGUCGUCCCGAAAGUGGCUUCAGUCUACUUGCCCCCUACGGCUGAGGAAUUAAGUACUGAAACGCCAGUUGUGGAAGAAGUGGAGACCGAACCACCAGCAGUACCAGAAGAGGAAGUACAGCAGGAGCAAGAAGAACCUGCCCACCCAAAAGUGCGUUUGCAGGAAGAAGCGGAGGAAGUCCCUCAAGAUAGCGCUAUUUUGAUGGAUGAUGGCUAUCAUUACAAGCAACCCGCAGAAGAGAUGGCUCUGCCGAAGGCAGUCGACAGUGAUUACUUACCACCACUGGAGCAAGGCCAAACUGAGACCGAGGGUCCUGAGGAGACGGCUGUAUUGGCCAAAGAUGGCUACCGCUACCGCGCUAUUAAACGUUUAAGAUUGUAAAAGUUUUACUAGUUUAAUUGUAAAAAGAAAAUAGCACAAUUUAUUAAUUUGUUUAUUCAUUAAAAUAUUUCCACAUUAAAUUCAUACAAAC